AUGGCUCGUGGCAAUGCUCGCGAGAUUGCGCGUGCGAAGAAUCAAAAGAAGCAGGCCGACAUGAACAAGGGAAAGAGCAAUGAUAGCGGUCUCACGCUUGCUCAGCGUCGUGAGCGCGAUGCGGCGGCCCUGCGGGCUAAACAGGAGGCUGCUGCUGCCAAAAAGGGGGCACAGAAAAGCUAG